AUGCCCGUGGAGGAACUGGCUGAUCUCACUGGAAACAGGAAUUCUGAGGCAGUAGCGAGCUGCCUUCCAGGGGAACUGAUGCAGAUUGAUGUCAGGGAACUGUUUUCUUGCCGACAAAGCGAGGAGUCUUAUAAAACUGUAUCGGGUGUGAAUGGUCCCCUGGUUAUCUUGGAUCAAGUUAAGUUUCCUAGGUACGCAGAGAUUGUCCACUUGACUCUUCCUGAUGGCACAAGAAGAAGUGGGCAGGUUCUGGAAGUCAGUGGCUCCAAAGCUGUGGUUCAGGUAUUUGAAGGAACCUCAGGUAUUGAUGCGAAGAAAACGUCUUGUGAGUUUACGGGGGAUAUUCUCCGAACCCCUGUCUCUGAGGAUAUGCUUGGCAGAGUAUUUAAUGGAUCAGGAAAACCUAUAGACAGAGGCCCCAUUGUUUUGGCUGAAGAUUUUCUUGACAUAAUGGGUCAGCCAAUCAAUCCCCAGUGCCGUAUCUACCCAGAAGAAAUGAUCCAGACUGGCAUUUCUGCUAUAGAUGGUAUGAACAGUAUUGCCAGGGGCCAGAAAAUCCCCAUAUUCUCAGCUGCUGGCUUGCCCCACAAUGAGAUUGCAGCUCAGAUAUGUCGCCAAGCUGGCUUGGUGAAGAAAUCCAAAGAUGUGAUGGACUACAGUGAAGAGAACUUUGCCAUUGUGUUUGCUGCUAUGGGUGUGAACAUGGAAACUGCUCGGUUCUUCAAAUCAGACUUUGAGGAAAAUGGGUCCAUGGACAAUGUGUGUCUGUUCCUGAAUUUGGCCAAUGAUCCAACCAUUGAGCGCAUUAUCACACCUCGUCUGGCUCUCACAACAGCAGAGUUCUUGGCGUAUCAGUGUGAGAAGCACGUGUUGGUCAUUCUGACAGAUAUGAGCUCCUACGCGGAAGCUCUGCGAGAGGUUUCAGCAGCUAGAGAGGAAGUGCCCGGCCGCCGUGGCUUCCCGGGUUACAUGUACACUGACUUGGCCACUAUAUAUGAGCGUGCUGGGCGUGUGGAAGGCAGAAAUGGCUCCAUUACUCAGAUUCCUAUUCUUACCAUGCCCAACGAUGAUAUUACUCAUCCUAUCCCUGACUUGACUGGGUAUAUCACUGAGGGACAGAUCUAUGUGGAUAGGCAGCUGCAUAACAGACAGGUUUACCCACCUAUUAACGUCUUGCCUUCCUUGUCUCGACUGAUGAAGUCAGCUAUUGGAGAGGGCAUGACCAGGAAGGAUCAUGCAGAUGUAUCCAACCAACUGUACGCCUGCUAUGCUAUCGGAAAGGAUGUGCAGGCGAUGAAAGCUGUAGUUGGUGAGGAAGCUCUUACCUCUGAUGAUCUUCUUUAUCUGGAGUUUCUGCAGAAGUUUGAGAAGAACUUCAUUGCUCAGGGUCCCUAUGAAAAUCGCACUGUUUACGAGACCUUGGACAUUGGAUGGCAGCUUUUGCGAAUCUUCCCCAAGGAGAUGUUGAAGAGAAUUCCUCAGACAACGCUGGCUGAAUUCUAUCCUCGAGAUUCGACUGCAAAACACUAG